AUCAUAUACGAUAGUGUAGCAGACUAGCUAGCAGUAUACACUAACUUACGUACGUUCGUACACAUAUCUACGGAUACCAGUAACCAUGGCCGCUCUGGAAAAUCCAAACCUCAACAACCGAGUUAGUUUUGCAGGUUCAGAAGAACAGCAAAUACCCGGUGUAGAUCAUCGGCGAGGAAGCAUAAACUCUGAGGAAAAGGCAAAGAGGAAACACCAAAAUGUCACUUGCAAAUAUGAUCGGAAAGUAAUGAGAAUCAGAUUGGAUAUCGAAGAAUGGAUGGACGAACAGCUCAGGGAAUUGUACGAGUGCGAGGAAGAUGAGGAUUACCCUAUAGAGAUUGACAUUGACGACCUUCUGCAACGCAGCAAUGCUGAGAGACAGAAAGAAGUAGAGUCGCUCCUUAGAGAUGCAACGCAACCCUCAGAGGAAUUCAUCUCGAUAUUACUCACGAGAGUCCUAGAGCUACAGAAGAAAUCAAACAUCAUGAGCUCACCGGGUGCGGCUCAGAGCAUAGAUUUCCAAUUAUGAGAGGGGACUCUAGGAAAACAUAAAGCACGGACACUCGCGGUCAUCGUCUCUUGUAAAUAUGUACAAAAUGAAGGAACAGAGAUACUCAGAUAAGGAAUGGACGUCUAUAUUCACUUCCUUGAAUCGGUCUUUCUCGUGGUUUCUUUCACUCAAUCUCAGAAGGAUUUUUAUUCACUUCCUCGUUGUCCGCAAUCGUCGUCAUAGCGUGAGAACAUUCUGAAAGCAAAAUCUGGAUAUUGGUUUCUAGUUAUUAAUACUUUCUUUUCUCUCUAUCCAUCAAAAGCUUGUAUGAAUUGUAAACUGAUUGUUGGAUCUCGUAUUUAAAUCACUGUUUGUUCUAGUCCCAUUGAAGCUUUUUGACAAUGAAAGCUCAUCUUCAGUUCAGGUAGCAAAGGAAGAGAACAUUCUCACGGGAUCAAACAAAAACUUUUUGAAAUAAUAUAUUUAUGUAGGCAUACAAAAUGUGUUGAAACAGCAGACUCUUACUGAGAGCUCUGAUUGGCCAAUAAAGUAGGUCACUGCAUCUCAGAAUAUGUUCAAAUUCAUAACUACUAAUAGAUAAUAUCUGCCAAAUGUUUCUGGUAGGAAUUAUUGUGCAGUUGUAGAGAAAUGAACAAAGAAACUUGAUAAAAAAUCUCCCACAGUUCAAAUGAAAAUUGCGCUUUUCAUUACGCGAUCUCUUCAAGCAUGAUUUCAACUCUUUGUUCAAUUUUGCAGAUCCGAACAACAAAUGUGAUGCUUGACAUACAAUUUAUAAUAACUUCAAGCCAUUUUUCUAAAUGAUCUUUCCCUGAUUCCGUAUGUACUAAAUGGACUUUCUUCUUUUCAUGUAUGACGUACAUGUAGAUAUUUAUAGACGGAUUGCAGACUGCUAUAUUGACACAGUGCUCUGAUCAUGAUUUACUGUAGAGUUAAAUUAUUCAGAGUAACAGUGUUUUUGUUACGUACCAUAUAUCUUUAUACAUUAAGAAAUUGUUCUUUGUGACAUGUUCCUGUCGUUGAGGAGAUCUUUAUGAUUAUUUUGUCUUCUCAUUUUGUCUUUCCAGAAGAAUUGAAUUUACUUAAUAUUUCAACAAAUUUCUAAAAACAUGCAUGGAAUAGGUGUGUUCAGACUGGGGGUUUAUAUUCCAGAUAUUUAUUAUUAACUAGUCACUUAGUUUUUCACAAAUCUUGUCAUUUGUGUACUGAUCAAUUAGCAAAUUGGGAAAUAAAUAUUUUCUACUCCCAGAGAUAUCAUUCAAUAACAGAAACAUUUUAUUGGAUGAUUAAGAAGAAUUGUAGAAAGAAUCAAUUUCUAUAGCAUCAUUCUUCUGGCAUAAUUUUAACAAGCUCUAACAUAAUUUUAGAGUAAUUCGAAUAAGCAGGAUUUCAUAUCUAUUAAAAUGUCUUCGGUUGAAUAUUGAAACGAUUGUUGAUGAUAGCAAAAGUUCAUAGUUUUCAAUUCACCUGUAUGGAAUAUGGAAUUGACCCUAUUAGUCCUUAGAUCUUGUAAUAUCAUGUGCAAUGAUGCUCAAAGCGUCACCAAGGAUGAUGGGAAGGUUGCCAAUCAGACAAGGUCAACUCGCUUGCUCCAACCUACCUACAUACAUGCAUGCACGGCAGAAGGAAAGAUGCCAACAUUUGAUACGUUUUGUGUCACGUUACAUGAUCUACAUGCUCUUCACCGUAUGGGUGCCUCCCCCUCAUCGUAGCACGAGCCAGCCAGCCGAGCGAUUAAAGCCCAGGAAGAAAGACGAUUCAACGGAACAAGAUUCCCACGUGUUGAGUGAUUGGUAGAAGCCUACAUGAGCUCCAGCUCUAACCAUUAGACAGACCUCCAUGUGAACUGUGUGCAGCCUCAUCGUAAUACUAAUUACAGCUGUAGUGUUACAAGCAAAUGUAUGGUACAACCAUGGUACAACAGCAGAAUAGUGCCAUGAAUCUGGAUACAAAUAGCAGAAUGAAAAAAGAAUAGAAACAUAACUUGGGAAAUCAUUUUUGAUUACUUUUUUUUUACUAAGAAUGUUGCAGACCCUAAUAACUUUUAUGCAGAUAUUAAAUGAAUGAGGUGAAGUCUGUAUCAUUUUUCCCCCCAAUGACCUUGUUUUAAUCUGGUCAUAAAUACAAUCUUUUUCCUAUGCUUUGAUUGUGAUUUAAGACAUUUUUCCUCACUUCCUUAGACACAAAAAAAUCAAUGUAAUGUUAACCUUAGUCAUAUGAUUCAACAAUUGUAUGCAGAUCUUGACAAUUAAAUGAUGUGAAGACAGACAUACAAUUUGGUAAUUACAGUAGUUCUUUCUCUUCGUUAGAGAGUUUCCUGGAAAGUCUUCAUGCUUUGCAAUCGGAAGCAUACAAUUUCUGAAACCUCUAUGUGGAGGAAUUGAGAAGGAACACAGUUUCUACCAGAAUGUAAUUGAUUCCUACCAUGUUACACUUCCUUUUAUCCUUCCUGUUUUUUGCCCAAAUAAGAAAACUCUCCAGGUACGGUAUACUGAUAUUCUUUAUUGCUACAGGGUGUCUCAUAAUAAGGCUUAAACUUAUACAGUUUGGUUUUCUCUUGUAUACCGGGUAUCCAGUUAUCCUCCAUUUUGUAGUACAUAUAUUUGUCAGUUUUUAUCGGAAAGGAAAAGUCAUUGUGGCCUUUACAGACAACUCAUUUUUGGAUUUGAUUUACGUAACGCAUUUUGAAAGACAGCUGAUCUUGAUAAUCUCAGGCCUGGUUUUAUUGAUCCUACUGCUCCCCAAAUACAUGAUUACAGAAUGAACUGUUUUUUAAUAAUUUUAUUUGUUUAACUGCUGUCUAAAAUUUGAUCGUGUGAUUGACUUGAUCGUUCUUCCACCCUCAUGUUUUGGUCUUGGAAGAUGGUUAAUUUUGAGGAAUAUUUUGCAAUAAUUCAUUUUAGUGUACCAUAAUUUUUUUUCUAAAAUGCAGUCAUACCUGUACGUGAAAAGAGUCCCUUUUCCUUUGUAAAGUUGAGAUAUGGAUUACAGUGUAUCUUAUUGAGCAUUUCAUCAAUUAGCAUACCGGUGUAUAGCCAUAGUUGUUGGAAUUCUGUUAUUACUCAAUUUGGAUUGGAGCAGGCUGACUUAAUGUAUUUUUUUAGUAUUCAAUUGUAUAUCUAGCCAAAAUUUCAUGUUUUCAAUCUCUUGUACAUGUAUAUUGUAUAAUGUGAAUGAGCCAAAGUUAGGAACGUGUAUCCAAUUUUGCAAUAGGUCUUUACAAAAUAUAAUUUUGUAUUAUGAAUAUUGCAGAGAAGAGAUAUAGAAUCUCUUUAUAGCUUGUGAAUGAGAAUUACUCAUUAGUGUAUCCAUCAACCUGUAUAAAAUCCUUUUAAACAAGUUGCCUUUGAUGAUUAAUGGCCUGCUUAAUGAAUGUAUCUAAUGUGAUGCCAAUUUAUUGUAUCACCCUUUCAAGGCCAAUGCAAGGUUAACAAAUUUCCUGUGUCACUCCGGUCACUAAACUUCUACCUGUAAUUUUAAGAAAAUGUGUACCUACACUUAUGCUUGUUAUUCACUGUUUAGUGAAAUUCUUUGAGAUGGCCCUGUAUAAUUUGAUUUCAUGUAGCUUUCAUGUUUUCAUUUUUUAGGUAUUCAUGUGAAACUAGUAACUAAUGAACGUUUAUAAUGUUUUUUUUUAUUAUUAAGUAUUGUCCUUAUAAUCAAAUGUAAUAUUUAUGGAAUUCCCCCUUCAUGAUUUGUACUGAGAAAUAGAUAAAUUCUGCAAUAUGUGUAGUCUUUCAUUUACAUCCUCUUAUUUACAUCCUGAUAAUAUGGAGCAAUGAUGUUUGGAAACCAAGAGAAGAUUUCAGAAUGCAAUGUUAGAUAUUUCGAUUGAGAAAUCAAAUGCAAUAAAGGUGUAAUUUAUGAUGACUUGCGAGUCAUAUAUAUUUUCUAUCUAUAUAAAGGAAAUAUUUUUUAUCUAUUACAGAUGAAGAAAAUAUAUAUAUAUGAGUCCUUAUACGAUUUAAAGUGUAUCACUUCUUUCUCACAUUGGAUCAUAUUUUUGAUGAAUACUUACAGAUGAUAGUGAAACAUGUACUUGUUCUAGGAAUUUAUAUUUUGAAUAUUCAUACAAAAAGUGCAACAUGUUUCAGGGAAAUUUAUGUUAAUCACCAAGUCAAAGUGCAUAACGGUUACAGCUCAAAACUAGAACAAAAAUUGCUACAUUUAUUUUGUAAUCACAAAAUCUUAGUUCAUCAUAGUUGCAGCUAAAACCUAGAAAUUGAAAAUGUAGCUAUGACAAAAACAAGCGUUUCGUGUCUGAUUUGACCUAUUCUCUCUCCCACCCACAUUUUCUUUCUUUCUGUCUCACUGCAAUAACAGAAAUGCCAUCAUCUGGCGGAGGUUAAUACAAACAUUACAUUUAGACGCCAAAUAAAGAAAUCAAGCAUGCUACGUCAAUACAAUGUUUGUUCUUUGCAAUGAGUUUAUUUCAUAAUGAUUUCCAUGCUUGUUUGCCUGAUUGCAUGUCAAAUAGAACCACACGGAUGCUAUGGAUCGUGAGUUGCAUAAAACGUUGAACUUUGCACUGUUUUUCCUGUCAACAAACUCAGAGGUUGACUCCAAGAUCUUGGGGAAAUUUUGAAAUUGUUUCUUUGAGUUGACGUAGUGUACACUUUGAAUGCUUUUAUGAUCACUUAGAAACUGACUUUUUGUUUGUAUAACAUGACAUCCAAGGCGUCCAUGUCAUACUCUCCCAUUGAUAUCUAUUACACAUAGUUUUGAUUUAUAAUUCUUUGAUGGGACUACCCACCAUGUAUGAGGUACAUGAUCACAGAGAAUUUCAAGAAAUCAACUCAAAGGAAUUUCAAUAACCUAUUAAAACAGAACUCAUGUCCGGAUUAUGUAAUAUGUCAAGGUUGGUUGUUUUGAGGGUAUUCUUUGUGAUCAUGUUGCAAGUAUCUUUUUUGAAGCAUUUGAAUUGUACAAUAAGUGAAUAACUUAACCUGAUAUUGAUAUGCAUCUGAAGUAGUGUUUUUUUUUGUGUACCAGUAAACAUUUGGUCAGGUUUUUAUACCUACUGUCAUAAAUGAAGAUAUAGGAGCUAUACAUAUUUUGAUAUUUCAUAUAAUUGGCACCUGUUCUGACUGAUACAGACUGUGCUCAAUUUUCAUUUGCACUAUUAAGGGGUGUUCACCUAUGGCUUGGGGAAACUACAA